AUGGGAAAAUCCCUGAAAACCGAAACGGGCGCCUUUGGGUUCCAGGCUCGGGUCGACGACCGACCGCACACUGAAAUAUCGCAAUAUCUGGCUUGCCUUAAUCCCGUAGAGCGCGAGUUUGUGCCCGGCUUUAGCCUUAAUAUUGUUAGAUUUAUGCGUUUCUGCGCCUUAUUAGAUAUGGUUCUGGUGUUUUAUUUUAUGGAGAUGCACUAUAUAAACGUGUCUUCAUAA